CAAAAUUUUGUGAUCUAGUCGCCAACUUUGUUCAUGCCAUUUUACUAAUCUACAGGUUUCAAGCAGACAUGUGCGAAAUUUUGAUUAUUGUGUUAACUGGGUUGAUCAUUUUAGGAUCUUUCCUUGCCGCUGUUGAUUUUAUUUUCAACAACUUCUAUUCAAUUGUGAUAUUUACGUUGCCAGUAUUUAUUUUAAUUGCUGUAAUCUUUUACCCGCCUCUUACCACGUAUUUCUGGUUUUGGAUAAAAGAUGUCGCUGAAGUCGUUUUUGAAUACGCCCUUAUUCCAUGGAAUUUUCUAUUCCAACCAUCCUAUGAGGACGAAUUUCUUCCAUGCGAAAAACACGAUGCGGUACUAGUGAUUGGAAAAAGGAAAAUACAUGUUAAUAAAGCGUUCCUUUCCUACCACUCGGACUAUUUUCGGGCGUUGUUCUCUUCCAGUUUUAAGGAAAAUGAACAGAAUGAGAUUGAACUGAAAGAUGUUGUCUAUGGGGAUUUUGAGCUAUUGAUGAGCACGAUUUACCCAAAACCCGUGUUUCCUACCGACCGGACUGUUAAAAAGCUUUUAGUAAUGGCGGAUCGUUUCAUGGUGCAUUCCGCCAUCGAUCAUGUUGAGCAUCAUUUACUUCACAAUUCACGUAUUGCAAAUGAGAGUAUGAUUUGGAUGGCUGACAAGUACGGAAUGAAGCAGCUUCUGAAAAAGUCUAUCAAAGAAAUAGAUUCUCUUCCCAAGGUGAAAAUAUUGAAGGAUUCUCCAUUGUUCCCGAGUAUGUCUCAUGAUGCGAAGGUUAUGGUUCUGGAACGACUGAUGAACUUGAUUUGAAUUUUUUGUGAAUACAAUGUUU